UUUCGAUUUGCUAUGGCUAAUAAUGUUAGUUAGCUCAUGAGAUUCUUGAUUGUAACUUUGGAUCAGGUGACAUAUUUCAAGUGUGGUGGAGUCUCUCUUGGUGUUGGCAUGCAACAUCAUGCAGCUGAUGGAUUUUCAGGUCUUCAUUUCAUCAAUUCAUGGUCUGAUAUGGCCCGUGGCCUUGAUGUGACCCUGCCACCAUUCAUAGACCGCACCCUCCUCCGUGCCCGCGAUCCGCCCCAGCCUCAAUUCCAGCACAUUGAGUACCAACCCCCUCCAACCUUAAAAGUUUCCCCGCAAACUGCAAAAUCUGACUCAGUUCCUGAAACUGCAGUGUCCAUCUUCAAGUUAACCAGGGAGCAAAUCAGUGCCCUGAAAGCCAAGUCCAAGGAAGAUGGAAACACCAUUAGCUAUAGCUCCUACGAAAUGUUGGCAGGCCAUGUAUGGCGCUGUGCUUGCAAGGCACGAGGACUCGAAGUUGAUCAAGGAACAAAAUUGUACAUUGCUACUGAUGGACGAGCAAGACUUAGGCCUUCGCUCCCGCCUGGCUAUUUUGGCAAUGUCAUCUUCACGGCAACCCCGAUAGCUAUAGCUGGUGACCUUGAAUUCAAGCCAGUCUGGUAUGCUGCAAGUAAAAUCCACGAUGCAUUGGCGAGGAUGGACAACGACUACUUAAGGUCAGCUCUUGAUUACUUGGAAUUACAGCCUGAUUUGAAGGCCCUGGUUCGUGGUGCCCAUACUUUCAAGUGUCCAAAUCUGGGGAUCACAAGCUGGGUAAGGUUACCCAUCCAUGAUGCUGAUUUUGGCUGGGGUCGGCCCAUAUUUAUGGGUCCUGGUGGUAUCGCUUAUGAAGGUUUAAGCUUUAUAUUGCCUAGUCCAACCAAUGAUGGAAGCAUGUCAGUAGCUAUUUCAUUGCAGGGCGAGCACAUGAAACUCUUCCAGAGUUUCUUGUAUGACAUUUGAACGGGAGCACAUCACAUGAAUUUUCACGCUUGUAUUAAUAGCUUUCGGGUCCGGGCCAGCUAUUCAUGCGGUGGUGGUUUCUUGAGUAAUUGUUUAAGCUUAUGAAGAACCACUGUUCUGUUUUGUACCUACGUGGACAAUAAUUCUUGUCUAAGUUCCUUGUGCAUGUAAUGAUGAUGAAAGGAUAAGGUUCAUUUCAUUUUAUUGUUUUGUCAUUUAAGUUCUAAAGCUGUAAUCUUUCUAACUUCACAAAUUCGUUA